UUUUCAUAAUUUAUCAAUUUUCAUUUACGGCACUGUUGACGAAUACUCGAAUGAUAAUGUAUCGAAGAUGAGGUGAGAGACAAAAUCGAGGGAAUUGAUAGAUUCGAUGAUUAAAUAAUUGGUCGGGCCCCGUGUCGUCUUCCGAGAUAAUCACAUACUCCAUUUUUUUCUUUUAACAAAGACAACGAUAAAAUAAUUGAUCAUCCAGUCUGUUAUCACCAAUAAACAUUCGGAAAUUCAUAUUCCAACUAAUGGAAAUGAAAUCGAGGGAAAUGGAGGGUUCGUUUAUACAAAGACAUUUAACAGUUUUUGCAUUUUGGAUUGUUACUUAAUCGUGCUGUUCUAUCACUGAAAAAUGCACUCGAUCGAUCAUCCACAUCAACAGGUAUUCGUCUUCAUGAAUAAAUCGAAGGAGAAGCGAGUCGGAUAUUGUUUUUGAUUUUAUGUUAUGACAUUUUUGCUAAUAAAUUAGCACUUUGCUUCUGAAUGAGUCUGUAUGCCAUAUAAUAUUGUGUUUAUCGUCUGAAUCAUUCAAUAUAUUAAAUAUUAUACGUGUGCCAAAGUUAUAUCGACGACGGGUCAACACUGGGUUAAUGUUGAGCCAACAUUGGGCCAACCUUGAACCAACCAGUGUUAUCACGAAUGGGAAAAAUGAUAGUUAACGUUAACUUUGUCAAUCGAGUCUCUCUCCCCUCUUUGAACAAUUCUUUUUAUUUGUAACUUGUCUCGCUGGCCGGAAAAACCCGGCGGCCUAUCGAAUGGCUGUAAUUCCUUGUGUUCGUGUACAUGCACAUCGAGACAAGCCCGGGUCCUUGAUGAGUUGGUGGAGGUCAUGGUAGCAGUUCGGAUGACGAUCUCCCUUUGUGUUGAAGCACGUAUGAGUGAGACAGGUUCAUUAUCAUAUGAAUUAUUGGUGUUGUGGGGCUUUCAGAAAUUUUUUAUCGGGAUUAUUCAUGGAUUAUAUACUUCGGGGAAGACGGCAUUGAGCCUGGGGACUCCUCGGAAAUGGAGAAUCCAGUUGUUUAAACUUGAUAUUCAAUUGGGGAAAAUGCCGAUACUCGCGGACUUAUCCCGCCGGUUACACCUGUUGACGACGGACGCCAAGCCCGAUCCCCCCCGAACACACAUAAAUGAUAACACCAAUAAUCUGGGGCCGAGAUUGAGUCCAAAAUCAGCGCCAGCGACGCCGGAAGUUGAGAGAACAGAUGAGGGUAAGCGGGAUAGACGUAGCUCGGUGCCAGAGGGUUCGUCCGACAGCGAGAAAGAGAGAAGGAGUUCUACAGAGACGAAAAGGACUCGAUAUAAAACCAAAAGCCACAGUACGAAAAAUGGACAAACAGCGAAUAUUGUAAACUACAACAUCGUAAAUUCUAGUGGUGUAAAAAUAGGAGCGACGACGACGUACGUGUGCAACGUCAACCAGUACCCAGGAAGCCCUCCGAAGGAGGCCAGCAGCCCUGGGAGGACUUCCCCCAAACAGAAGUGUACAUCAAUGCCAGACGAAGUCGAAUCCCUGUGGAGGGAGAACAGUCCUGUGACUCUUGAAGACAUGUUCGUGAUAAAGAUUCAUUUGGGGCUCGGGUGGAAGGAUGUCUUCAAGGGUUUGGGGUACUCGGAUGGACAACUGGAACAGUUCGAGGAGCACCACAAGGAUAAGGGCCUUGAUGAGGUAAUUUAUCAAACGCUAUUGGACUGGAAGCAAUCAUCAGGAAGUGAAGCAAGACUGGGGGUCCUAAUAAAGGCCUUGUGGAGGUGUCAGCAGUACGAUUGCGCUGGGAGGCUAGUCCAGUCCCACAAAAAUCUCUGAAUAAACAUUCUCAACGUGAGCGCUCACUUUUCACACUUGUGUCGUCUCAACUUAUCGCCUGACAUGGAUACAUCAUCGAUAAGAAUUAUUAAUCGUUCGAAAAGCAAUAAUUAAUCUGAUUGAGAGCUCAAUUCAAUCAACUUAUUUUGAUUGGUGAUUGUCAAUUGAAAAUCAAUGGACUCUUGUUACUGUUUGACUAUAUUUUUAUUGAAUAAACGUUUUUUUUUAA